GUUUGGUUCUAACAUCGUGGUGUAAAUGUGAAUAGGGCUUAGAGUGUACACAUUAUGUAUAUGAUAUGCCUGAUAAUUGUAAAAUAUAAAUAAAUUUGCAGUAAGAAAAUUGAUAUAUCAAAUAAAGACCGCUAUCUGGAGCAACUUGAAUGACGAUAGUGGAAAACGAGUACAACAGGGAUGAAGAAGCAAAAACAAUUUCACUGUCUUCGCCAUAGUUAAAUAUGAAUACGAUAUUAUUGUACUAAAUUUUGACACUACUAAAAUCUUCAAUCAAAUUGCAGCAGAAGAAUAAAUAUAAACUGGAAUAAGUGCCGCUGGUUACACAUCUACGGCAACGACUUCACUCAUAACUGCAUUUUUACAGCCCGACGCGUCGUUAAGCAAUGACGGCAAUACACCAUCUACAACUUGCUCAUCUACACCAACAGAAGUAUUGAUUACCGCGAUGGCUUGGUUGAUAUUUCAGAAACUUCACUGAAAAAUAUUAAAAGUUUCUAUAUUGCGUAUUUCUCUGGAACUUCAACAUAUAAUAGAUUAUAUGCGGAAUCAUCUACAGAUAUAGCAGUAACACCAUCCAUCGCAGUCCAAUCACAACUUCCAAUGACGUCGCCAGUUGCAGAUGCUUGUUCCUUAAAAAUAAUCCCUGUGGAAGCUAUGCCCGCUUCUAUAUCCACGACGAUAAUGCCCUCACCUAUAUCUUCAAACAUCAAAACCUUGCCCACGGAUUCUAGGGGAUCAACACAUCUGCUUUUUAAUAGUCUAGUUUCAUUUGAUAGAUCGCAACAGCAAAAUUCACAUAGACUUCUAGUUGAAGACCAGCGUACAUUGCAACUCGCUCUAGAAUUAUCAAUAGCAGGUUUGAAUGAUGCGGCUGCGAGUACAGUUUGCUCAUCAGUCCAUACACCUUCCAAUAACAACCGUAAUAUAAAUAACAUUGCUAAUAUACAUACGUCGAAUUAUCAAGAACAGCUAACGCAUCAGAGUGCAAUGGCCGGCACGCAACAGGAAUAUUUAGAUCAAAAAUUUGAUUUAAAUACACUUACUAUGAAUGGUGCCGUUUCUGCUGUUUCAAUUGUUAACAAUGAUCAUAAUGAGAGUAAUGUUAAUCUUGCAGUAAACAAUUGCAAUAAUAAUGGUAUCAAUCAGUUUUCGGUCUUAAAUCCACUACUGCCUACUGCACCAGAUGAUCGUUCCAAGAAAUCCCAAAAUAUGACAGAAUGUGUACCAGUACCAAGUUCGGAGCAUGUCGCCGAAAUAGUAGGACGCCAAGGAUGUAAAAUUAAAGCUCUUCGUGCAAAAACAAAUACAUAUAUCAAGACACCCGUGCGUGGAGAAGAGCCUGUUUUUGUAGUGACUGGUCGCAAAGAGGACGUAGCCAAAGCGAAACGCGAGAUACUCUCUGCAGCAGAGCAUUUUAGUUUGAUACGUGCAACAAGGAAACCAUCAAUUGACAGUAAUUUGAGUGCAGCGGUUAGUAGUAGUCUUGAUGGAAACAAUUGUUCCAAUAAUUCCAUUAAAUCACCGCCUGGACCACCAUCCGUACCGGGACAGGUGACUAUACAAGUACGGGUACCAUAUCGAGUAGUUGGUUUGGUAGUAGGCCCUAAAGGGGCAACCAUUAAACAUAUUCAGCAUCAAACACAGACGUAUAUUGUUACACCGUCACGUGAAAGAGAACCCAUAUUUGAAGUAACAGGUUUACCAGACAACGUUCAGUCUGCGCGUAAGCAAAUUGAGGCUCAUAUUGCUCUACGUACUGGUAAUUUACCUCCUAUCGGAGCCAAUAAUGAUAGUGUGGUAAUUCCAUCAGGCUCCCCGAAUGAUCCAUUAGCGCUUCAUAGCUUAAAUGUUUUAAGUCAAAUCCUAAAUGACCCCUCAAUAGAUUCCGAUUUACUUGUAUCAUUUUACAGAGCCGAUAGCAUGAGAUCUGCUUUUGAUUACGCUGAUGAAACUUGUGAAGUUGGCACUAAAUAUGCUAAUAUGCCAGGUUUCGAAUCACCUAAUAACACUAAUAAAAUAAAUUUAAAUAUUGGCUAUUUGGGAAAUAAUUCUGUUCAGAUAAAACCUUAUAUGGCCCUUCUACAUUCCGACAACUCUCAGUUGCAAAAUAUAAAUGCAUCACAUCAAAGUAAUGACUAUGUGCGUGAUUUAAGCAACAUUUUUAAUCUGAAAAAAGCGAAUAGUUAUCAUGAAUCCGACUUCCUUACUGAUUUAGACCCUACUCAUCAACUUCAGCAGCACCUAUAUCUUCCAUCACAGUCACCAGUCAGUUUGAAUACUCAAUUGCAAUCAUCGUCAAUAUCAUCACUUAACCUUUUACAAGAUCAUGAACCAUUUGUUGGUUCUUAUACGCAAGCAUUAAGUUUUGCUAACAAGACUCAAAGUACUAUAGGUUCAAGCAACCCAGCUACAGGUGGUUUUCCACAUAUAAGGAAUAUUACUCAUAGCGGCAAUAUCAGUAAUGGUAUGGCACGUUCCUGUUCAUCGGCUUCCUCCACUGCGUCAUCAAAAAGCGCUAAUAACAGUGGUAGUGGUAGUAGCAGUCGGCCAGAACUCAUGAACAUCUGGAAAAAUUUGGGCGACUCUCUUGAUGCUGAUGAGGGGAUAGGGGAUUCGCCAAACAUUUGGACUUUGCCUACGCCAUUGACGACAUUAACAGGAUCUCAUUGCUCGCCAUCAACUUCUAUUAGUCCGACUGAUUCACUUUUGGGUGAAAUUUCUGCACAUGCUCACAACACCAAAGUUGGUUUGAAUAGCUUAAUAAAUGAAUCACAUCCUGAAUCGAAUAGUCAGAAAAAUGUACUACAGCAAAAUCAUUUAAAAAAUGGGGAUGCGGUACAAUCACUUGUUAAUAGUUCUAUGAUUCAACGACGUGAUUGUUUGGUUUGUAAUAAUAAAGAAAUAACAGCUGUUUUAGUUCCAUGUGGUCAUAAUAUGUUCUGUAUGGAUUGUGCUAAUCGUAUUUGCGAAUUAGGUGAUGCAGUUUGUCCCGUUUGCAAUAUAAGCGUGUAUCAUGCUAUGCGUAUAUUGGCAUAAGAAUUUGCACGCAUUAAAACAGUAAGUAACUCCCGUAUUUAUUAAAAUUUUACAUAAAUUAUUACAAAACGAAAUAGUUAAGUGUGAUUCUUUUUACGAAUCGCGAAAGUUCAAGCGAAAUAUAUACAAAUAAACAUUUACAUACAUAGAUUUUUACCUUUGACAUAUAUAAAGUUGCACACGUACAUACCUAUCAUUAUCCAAAACUAUUUGCAACACAAUAAAAAGGAAUUAAAACGUAAAAGGUUCUACAUUAAUGUGUAAAUUAUAAAAUAUGAAAUUUAAAUUUUCGUUUGCGAGUUAUCGAAAAUUUUCAUACCGAAUCUUGACACGCGUGGUAAAGAUAUAUAUUUAUUUUUAAAUUAUAUUUUUAUAUAUCAAGUUUAUUCAAAAAGAAAAUAAAACUGUUCAAGUAUGAUUAAAAGUCAUUGAAACGUAAUAUAGGAAAAAAUAAAUAUAUACAUAUAUCCUACUAGGGCUAAUAUACAUAAAUGCAAGCAAUUCCGGCAAUAAAUUUUCAAUAACGAAACUACUUUUCAUAUAAGAAUGAUUGCCUACAUAAUGUUUUUUAAGUCUAUAAAUAUAAAGGUGAAAAGCAAGCCAAUAAAUAUUUUUGAAUUUAUCCAUUGCAUAAGUUCAUUAUCUAUACAAAAUGUAACUAAAACAAGAUAAAUAUAUAAACACUUUUUUCUGAAUUUAUUCGCGUACUUAUGUUAAAACUUAUUCGGCAUUUCGAACAAGUUAGAAACGAAGAAUCAUACAACUUGAAACUGCUAUUUAUGUUAUAGAGAUAGUUGCAUGCAUAUAUCAAAGGGAACUUGCUGAAAUAACGAUCUCCAAAAUAUAUUAGAUGGUAGGGGAAAUUAAAUAUUUAUUGUUAUUUUUUAUUGCUUUUAUUUAUUAAAAAUAAGUUAAUAGAUUCGAUAAUAUCUUUUACAAGGAAUUAGCAGGAAAAAUGUAUUUAUUUCGGUUUUGUUAAAAAAAAUAUCGCAAUUACCUAUGAUAUUGAAUUUUACUUAUAGAAAGCUAUCUUUUGAAAAUUCGUUUGAAUAUCAAACGGUUGUUUAUUUAUUUGGAAUUGAUAAAUAAAUAAAUCAUUUACAAGUAUACGUACAUGUAUAAACUAUAUAUGUAUUCUAUAUAUACAUAAAUAUAAAUGCAGAUUGAAAUGUGUAUAAGCCGGGUGAUUAAGACAUGUGGUUCGAAAAUUGCACAAAACUUAAAAUUAAAGGUGGUAAUGCAGCACGAAAAUUUUAAAGUUUUUUGUAUUAAAAAUGUAUCCAUAUAUCAACGUAAACCGUGCCAUGAGAGCUUGCUGCAAAUCUCCAAAAAUGAAUAAAAAUUAAGUUCUUUUAAAAUAGUAUUUUAUUAAGCAUUACAAAAUCUUACUGAAAUGUCUUAAAAUUUCCUCUCUUUUGUUCACUAUUAAGUGUUCUUUUUAUGUUACUAUUUUGUAUUUAUUCGUGGUUAUGAGGUUUUUUAGCUACAAUUAUAAAUCAUUCAUAGAAGUAUGGAUGUCGCUUAGAAAUUGGGCAUUUCUAAGACUCUAAUGGUACCCACCAAUAACGCAUAAUAAUUGAUGGGUACCAUUGCAGUUGCAUACCAAAAACUGCACCAUAUAAUUGUCAAAGUUACUUCUUACAAUGGUCUUAUGACGAUUUCGUUUCGCCCAAAAAAUGUUCCCUUUCAUUUCUAUCUACUUUUUUCGUGUUCGAUUCUAAAUUAAGUGCGAUCCGGUGAUACAAUUUUUUCGAUUCUAAAGAUGUCACACGCAACGAAGAUAAAGAAGCAAAUUUUCUCUCUUCAAACGCUUUGUCAGGGGAGUUGGUUGCUGACUACAUAAGAAAUCCAUGUGCCAGACAAAAGUAGAUAUAUACCCAUCGCAGUGUUUUGGACUCUUUUUCUGAGUAAGCAAAAAACAUACCUUUUACUGGGUUGAGAGCAACAAUGAACGAUUCGAGUACCGUGGAAAAGCAAAAUUUUUUCGUAAAUACAACAAUAUACUAUAUACCUAAAAAUUGCUAACAUUCAAUGCUACUAGGUUAGGAUAUAUGGCUGCCCACGCGAGCGACCCACUUGGACAAAGAAUCACAGUUCGUCCAUUGAGAUACCAUACAGAGGGUAAAGAACCAAACGAAAGGAAAGAAGGGGCUUUGGAUUUUGAGGAUAACGACAAACAGUGGCUAAUUACAUUUGUAUUAACCGCUUCAAGCUACUGAUGAAAUUCAGCAGGUAUUGAUAUGAUAUGAUUGAUAUGAUAUUUAAACCUGCAUCAUCCGAAGGGUAGGAAAAAAAAGAGACCAGAUGUCUAAAUCUGUGCUCGACGAGUGCAGCGCAGCUAAGAACAAGGUGCUGAGAUGAUUCAACCUCAUCCUCCAGACAGCUUCUGCAGAAAGGACUUGAAGCACUCCCAAGUCUCACCGCAUGAACAUCUAACGGACAAUGUCUGGUAAGGAUACCCACCAAAUUCGAGAACUGCGGCUUUGUAAGCUUUAGAAGCUCCUUCAAGUGCCCCCGAUCUACCCAUAGCCAAAAGGAUCUCGCGACUUUACACGUUUGCCCGCUAGUCCAUCUCCCGCUGAGUUGACGCGAGGCCCAUCUUUUCAGAAUUAAACUACAGGUACUAAAGGGAAUCUUCUCCUUUCGCGAUGAAAUCGUUCCAGGAUCCCAUAUCUAGCCAGCUUAUCAGCCCAGCAGUUUCAUUAUGUGCCGCUGUGGCCGGGAAUCAUAUGAGCCUAAUAUCGAAGUAUUUGGAUGCAGUCGAGAGAGAAGUCAGGCAUUCCUCGACUAAUUUCAAACGUACAAAUAACGAGCUCAAGGCCUUAAUUGCCGCUUGACUGGCAGAGUAGGUACUUACGUCCUUUACAGUAAUUACAAAAGUAAGCAACCGAUCCACCGCGUCCUUAAUAGCGGCUACCUGAGCUUGGAAAACACUAAAAUGGUCCGGAAGCCUAAAUUUGCCAACCCUUCCGCCCAACUUCAAGCCAUCCGGAAACAUGUUUGCCAUGCCCUGUCUCCAAGUGUUGCAUCCCGUUGCAGGUUUUAAAAAAAUUUUGCCUACCUUUUUUUAUAUCCUGCGCACAUAUUUUCAUUUGGAAAAAUUCUUUUUAUUUCGUACCAAUUUGAUUUGAAAUAUAAUUUAGAUUUUAUAAUAUAGAUAAAAUAACUUAGGUUCAAACUUAUAUGUUUGUUCGUAAAAUACAGGAUAUAAAUCGCAAUGGGGACAUUAAACCUCCAAAAUUUGUUUUCUCGCUGCAGUUUUUCCUUGGCUGUUGCAAGCGUUACAACGGGUUUCUGUCAUAAGAGUCAUCUGGCAGCAUACAUUCCUGGGUCACUCCGUUUAUAGAAAACCCCUAAAACGCUCAUCACAAUUUCAAGGAGAAUCCUUUCAAGAAUGUAUGCACCUGCGUAUGUAUAUAACUUAUACAUUGAAGAAAAUAUAAUAUAUGCACUACGCUUCUAAAAAAAGUCGCUCAUAGAAAUGUAUUACUUCGGUAAAUACUCUUAGGAUUUGCUCACAGACAUAAAAAAAGAUUGAAUGAAAAAUAUGGCACUUGUAAGAAUUAAAAAUCAGACUUAGAUUUGUUAAAAUCAGUCAAUUAUCGCCCUUUAAAGUAAUGGUUUAAAACUUUUUAUUUUAUCGUUAAUCCUUUUUCUCUUGUACACUUUUUUUUAGAGAGACAAGAAAAUGCAAAAUAGUAUAUACGAGUAUUUUUCUUUGUAAACAAAUACAUAUUUUAUCUCUUCCAUUCCUUCCAAAAUAAGAUGUUUAAUUAAUGUUAUAACUGAUAGCAUACUUAAAUGAUAGUUGUACUGAAAGAGAUUUUCUAUUAUAAAGGCACAAAGGUUGACUCACAAAGUAAAUAUUAAAAAUAAAAGAAUUAACUGGAUACUUCUGGCGAUCUUGCAGUGAAGCACUGCGUUUACGAACUUACCCUGGCGCAAUACAAGCUUGCAUUGCUUGGCUUUGCUUUACUUUGGUAGCUUCUAUAGCCAAAUUGUAGCUUUAAACGCUAUCAUAAUAAUAAAACAAAACAAAGCACAAGCGACUCAUGAAAUUCAAAGGAUAAGGCCACUUUGCCGGCUGUGAAAUGGAACAUUGGGCUACUCGAAACAUGAAAGCGCUUGAGCGAGUUGACCAACUUUCAUACAUUACAGAUUAUUUCUAAUCAUUUUUGACAGUUGUCGAAACAAAGCAAGCGUGCAUUGGGCAAUUGGUAAGUACGUAAUAAGGUUCGACAAAGGAUACCAGAUCAGUUUUUGUUAUUGUCUAUUAACCCAUUAAGGACCAAAUUUUUUUUUUUCAAAAAUUAGUGCCGAAAUAACUUUAUUUGGUCAUUAAAAUAAAGUAAAAAUUACCAAAAAAAUUUCGUUUACUUACUUGUGGAGAUAAACUUAAUAAUGUCAGUGGUAGUCAAGUGACGACCGUGGCUAUUAAAAGUAACUAAAACCAAUUAAUAUUAUUGACAUUGUGAAAAGAAAGUUAAUUUGUUUUACUAAUAUAUAUUUUACAAAUAAUCUUUUUAUGACAAAAUAGAAAAAAUCUAUAAAAUCAUUUACAAUGCCAUUUAGGGAAAUAUUCAAAAUGGAAACCAACGUUGCAUUUCUUACAUUGCUUACGCACUGUACGCUUACAAUACGAACGUUUUCUUUGUUUUGUUUCAUUGGUUCUUUCUAAACCGUGUCCUAUUGGGUCAAAUCGGACCUCCGAUAUAACUCUUGAAUACCUUAUAACAGGAGGCCUUCCUGACAUCUUUGGAUUGGAAGUCGAAUCCUGUUGUAAAAAUGCCCUAGCAAUCCAUCUUCGAAAGUCUAAUAAUCAUUGGACUAUUUGCAGAAAUAUACAGUACAAACGCAUUGUAAAGCGCAACAUCAAUUGCGUUUGUAAAUAACGGGAAAUACCAUUUUUUCCCUCGGAACCUUAUUUGAUAUUUUUGAACGUUCUAGUCCAAUUUGUCUACACCUCCCAUAAAUUUGUUAUACUGCGAUAAACUAAAUGGACGAUCCACAUAAACUUCCUUCUUUUCCGAUUUGGACCAUCUUCUCACAUUUUCAAGUGGCAUUAUUCCUAAAUUGUUGGUUAACAUUUUCAUACACUUAUUGUCGUUCCAUGUUAUCGCCAGAAUUUUGUUUCUCUUGUCAAAUCAAUUUUCUUACAUACUUUUAAAGAUGUAGAUGAUCAUGAUUUGAUUGAAAAGACUCUUGUUCAAAAUCUGCAUCGACUUUCUUCCAAUCCGACUGCAGAUUUUUAACCCUUUUUCGUUCAGAUUUGGGUAAAGGAAUUUCAAACUGGCCGGGAACAUCUUUCGUCGUUGUGUAUUCUAAAAUAUCUUCGUCAAUGUCUUCACAAUUAGAAAGCCUAUCGACAUUAUCCGGUGGCAGUUCGACUAUGUCUAUCUGUCCCUCUUCCAAGUCGGACCAAAAUUCUUCAUUCUCUAUUUCUUUCAAGCUCAAAAACCUUUUAGAUGCCAUUUUGGGUAUCCAAAAAUAUUAAUUACAAACGUAUAGUUAUGAAAAAUAACUUUAAUUUAUAAAAUAUUUGAACUUACCAAAUAUAGUUAAUCCUCCCCAGGUCAUCAAUUGACUAUCACUAUGUUUUUCUUUAUAAAUCUAACACUAAUGCAAUAGUGCAUCAAAUAUUAUGCAUUAGGUAACAGAAAGAGUAUUACAAAACGUUAUAGACAAAAAUUUAGAACAAAAUGAUGUUCACUGUACAGGAACGAUAUCCAAACUGAACCAAUAAUAAAAAAAUCAAAAAUCAUGACAUGCAUUAAGUUUCUUGCAUACAAGUUCGACUCUUAUAAAAACAUUUUUUGUGUACGCAACACAUGCCAAUGCAAUGGUUGUGCUAGGAAAUUUCAUUACUAAAAAUUUUUGCAAUAAAUAAAAAAUAUAAACCGUGAAAUCGUCAUUUGACAACCAUGGUCGCUAAUGGGUUAAGACUUGAUGUUUUACCAUAAAUGGAGGGGGGCCUACAGUUUUUCUAUCCUUUGGGGUUUCAUGACCAAGGUUACGAAUUUGUGCUCUACCAAAUAUUAGUCACGCACCAAACCAUUUGGUUGCGGCGGUCACCGGUUGUAAGUGGUUAUAAUAUGUGUUCUUAAGUAUACAUUGUUGUUUCUAUCACGUAAACUUAAAAAAAAUUCUGUAUUUGAAAACCUGUAUUUCUCCUUAAUUAUAAGUCUAAGCUGUAUAAAGAAUUAUUUUAUAUAAAUAAUAAAUUACUUAAUUUUAGUGCAGAGCAUAUAAACCAAAUUUUGUCACUGUAAACAGAAAAGUAGGUUUCAAUACCUAAUAAUAAAAUUAAAACGCAAACCCGAGCUUAGUGAGAUAAGUAGAUUUUUUAUGGACAACCAAAUCAACAUGCUUCUUUUUUGUUCGAGGUACAGACGAUAAUAUUAAAUUAAAGAAAAUACAAAUUACUAAAAACACGAGUAAACAAUUGAUGACUGAUCUAAUAGAAAAAAGAAAAUAAUAUAUAUAAAUGUAGCAUGUUUGAACUAAGAAAUUUUUUAUUAUUAUAAAAUAUAUUGAAUAUUGAAUGAAAUAUAUACAUACAUCUAAAUUAAUAAAUAUCUUUAUAUCUUUAUACAUAUAAUAUUAAUACUUACGUAAUACACCUUAAAGACUUAAAUGACCCAAUUUUAUUACCGUAUUGCACAAGAAAUUCAUGCAUAACUUUGCCGAUUUCAAAAGGUUAACAGUUCAUGAAAAACAAAAGGCACCAAAAAUGUAAAUAAAAGAUAAACUGUUCAUUACACAUGAGUUUUUGCAUACAUAAAAGCAUCGAGUUCUUUAUUAGUUUUCUAAAUUUGUGAAAUUGGCCAUGUAAAAACACUUCCUCUACAUCAGAAGAAUAUAUGUAUGUAAUAUGAUUAUGAUAUUUAUUUUAAAAUUAAUUAUAUUAAAUUCAGACAGUUUUGAAAAUAAUCCAAAGCGAUUGAACCGAUCAUUCUAAUCAUAUAUUCUGGCAUGCCGAUUUUAUGGCCCCAUAUAGUAGAGCGAACAAAACAACUGGCCAAUAACUCGGGAAUGUAUGUACAUAUGUAUAUGUCUACAAAUACACUUUCUCAAAAAAUAAUGUUGUUUAAUUCUGAAAUCUUUAAAAUUUUUACAUUCCAAAAUAACGAAAUUUUACUAAAUUUGUAAGAUGACGGACACAAUUCGGUGCUGAAAACAACAUUCGUAUUUAGUUAAAUUUUUGUGACCAAUUAUAUAUAGAAUUUUUUAGAAUUCGAAAAUCGUCAGAGAUAACCGCUUUUAUAUUUUUAUAUAAAUUCCAAAGUAUAAUAUACUUAUACACGCAUACGUAUGAAGAUAUUAUUUCUCUGUUAUCAAAAUUUAUUUGUCUGUUUUAUGAACAUUAGAAUCGAUCGUUUUUUGUUCAUUUGGUUUAAGAAUGGCAAAAAGAGCACUUUUAUUUAUAUCAGAAAAAUAUAUUUGAAGGUAGCAAUGGUUUAAGUCCUUAACAAAUUUAAACAUAGAAUACCAUUAAACCCAAUUAAUAAAGGAAAAACAUCGAAAUAUAUCUCUUGAAAGUAAAGCAUUUAUUAAACUACAAUUCGAAUAUAAGUAGUUAUAACUCAUUACACCCAGAAAAGGAAAAAGUGAAUUGUAUAUACGAAGCGUUAGAAAUCAAUUAUCAAAUUCAUAAGACAGUCUAUAUUAUAUAAUAUAAUAAGAGUAUUUGUAAUAAUUCUGAGUGUUCGAAAUAAUUUAUAUACAGAAUUAAAAGACAAACACCGGGGUAAUUUAAUUACUAUUUUUGUUCUUAAUAUUCAUCCCAGGCUUAUACAAAACCAUAUCCAGCUCUUAAAGAAUAUUCCAUGUGUGAAAUACUAUUAUUUUAUGAUCACCAGUUAUUACUUUCAGUUAAACACAUUAUCAAACUGGGUUGAAUAGUUUUUGCAAUCGAAUUUAUGAAUUCUAAUAUUUUUAGCUGGUAUUAUAUAAAGGUUUUACUAUAUACAAUUUCAUUUUUAUUUGUACCGAAUACCAGUAAGAUACAAUGAGUGAGAUAAACAUGAGAAAAGUAAUUGUAAAAAUGAUACGCAUACAUAUUUAUAAUAGACAAAAAAGAAUUAGUAAUAAAAAUGUUGGUAUACAAAUUAGUAUCAUAAUAAA